AUGGCGUCGGAUGUGAGGAGUCCCUCAAGUCCGAUUGAGACGCUACGAACGCCGACGGAGUGGGCCGAACCGAAGACUCCGCUUAAAGAACAACAACCGAAUAAGUUGAAUCGGGAAUGGGGGAAGGCUGUGAUUGCGGAGAUGGGGAAGAAUGAGGAGGGGUUUAGGGAGGCGAUUCUGCAAAAGGGGUUGGAUUACUCCAGGAGGAAUAGCUAUUCGGAUAUAAGCGAGCGCAAGGACCCCCUGAACGGGUUGGUGAAGAACGGCGGUUCGAAACGCAACGCCCUUUUGAAAUGGUGUCAGAACAAAACCGUGGGUUACCGAAACAUCGACAUAACGAAUUUCAGCAGUUCAUGGAAUGACGGUUUGGCCCUUUGCGCCCUUCUUCACACCUAUCUUCCCGAUCGCAUCCCUUACGACAGUCUCACACCGCAAGAAAAACGAAGAAACUUUUCAUUAGCAUUCAGCGCGGCUGAAAGUGUCGGAAUUCCGACUACAUUGAAUAUUAACGACAUGAUCCAAUUAGAACGUCCCGAUUGGCAACAAGUGAUGGGGUACGUGACUGCGAUUUAUAAACAUUUCGAGACUUAA